GCUCAGCACGUCUGUCUCCUCCUCCCGCCAUCAUGGCCUCCGCCACGGUCCUUGCCCCGGUCGCCUACUUAUUCAUUAUAAUUGGAGGUCUCUAUGCCUUUAGUCACUUCUACCGCAAUCGCGCUGCACGCAAAGUCCCCGACCCGUACUUCCCGCCUCACAAGGAACGGAAUGUGUACAUGACCCUUGUCCGCAUGACCGAUCCGCCAGCGCCAGACUCGCUACUCAAAGCUGCACUCGUUCGUCGCGCAGUGCAGGACGUGCAACGCAUCGUUCGCCUUCGCGAGGACAAGCCCGCGCUCAGCGUUCUCCUUCAGAAGGGGUCUAUUGGGGACGAUCUCUGGAGCAGCUUUCAGGCAGCGGAGAAGGAGGUCGAGGUCGAAAUUGCUGAGGUCGUUGGCGAGGCAAACUCCUUUGUCGAGGGCUGGGGCCAGUUCAUCUUCCAGUCGGCAAGCGAGAUAUACGCAAACGAGAAGAUACGUGCUACUUUUGAGAAAAUACAUGAAGCAAGGACCGAUCUCGAGCAAAAGUAUGCCCGCAAGGCAAAAUUCCAGCCCGUCCCCAUCGUAUUGCGCGCCAACACACCGGCACCAAACGCCCCUGGCACACCGAACGCCAAGACUGCUCAACUCCCUCCUGCAUCCCCUCAACUUACCCCCGCCAAAGCCUUGAACGGCAUUGCCCCCGGCCUGCGCCCUCCUACUCCCUCCACUCCAGCAUCCGCAUCAGGCUACGUAUCGAGCGACGCCGAAAGCGCCACGUCGACUGCACGAUCUUCUGGUAAAAAGGGCAAGAAGCGGAAGUAGUGGUCGGCUGUAGUCUACCAGUAGUGCACUGGUGGUCUACGAGCUGUGAACUAUGGCGCGUGUGGCCAGUAUUUAUUUCCUGUACAUCCUCAGAUGAUCAUGGCUUUCGGGUACGAUUUUCUCGUGGUGAACACGUUGGAGGGUUUUGGCGAGCAU